CUUCAUGUGUAUUUGCAAUUCUUAUGUCUCUUACUUUAGUUUUUACACUCUGUCCAUCAUGCACUUCGGAUGAGACCUGCAACAAUACAACCAAUAGUUGUGAUUGUAAUCCUUCAAAGUACUCUGAAACAGAGCAAAACCCACUACCAGAAAUUACAUGCAACUAUAACAUGGUUUUGCGGAUACCAAGAUGUCAAUUGGAGAAAAAUGGAUAUGACUCUUCCAGUUAUGCUCUGAAUAAUCCAAAUUGCAAACUUACUCCAUACUUGGAUAAUAUCUCAUUCUUGGGUAUUUUGUGGCACAUAGGGGCAGGAGACUGUGGUAACAUUAAAACGGAGAAUUCAACUCAUAUAACUUACAGCAAUAGCUUGAUCAUAAACCCAAAACCAUCUAUAUUCAUCACAAAAAAUAAAGUCAUAUACAAUUUUUCCUGCAUUUAUCCACAAAACAUGGAUACUGCACUUUAUCCAUUGAACGUUGCAACAGGGUGAGUGAUGAACCUUAUAACAAUCACAAUAUUGAGAAAAGUCAGUUUUGAAAAUGUAGUUGAAAAUCCUUUUGACAUGCUUUACUGAAGAAGAUAAAUAUUGAAUGAAAAUGGGUAUAAGAUGGGAAAAAUCAGAAAUAAUGUGUGGUUAUGUACAUGAAAGUAUUAGACCUUAGGGGCAUUUGCUGAAAAUGCGGCUUACUGGAUCUUAUUUACACAAUGACAACAGAGAAGUAACACUUGGAGAGACUAGCAAGCCAUGCAGCCGUGC